AUGGAGGCACCAACCCCCAUCCUCCAACUGUCUAACCACCUCAUCCGCCCCUACUACGCUGGGGACGUAGAAGCCCUCGCCAAAGAAGGUAACAACCCCGAAAUCGCCCGUUGGCUACGCAGUCGAUUUCCUGAGCCCUACACCAUCGAAGACGCCAAGGACUGGAUUUCAAUCGCGAACUCUGCCUCACCGGUCCUCAACUUCGCUAUUAGCCGGCGGGAGGAUAAUAUCGCCAUUGGAAGCAUCGGGUUAAAAGCCAGAGAUGAUGUAUAUUAUCGGACGAUGGAGAUCGGGUACUGGGUGGGUCAAGACCACUGGGGAAAGGGGAUUGCUACGGAAGCAUUAUCUGCAAUGACUGCUUGGGCCUUCAAGAGUUUCCCACAUGUUUUGAGGCUGGAGGCGGAGGUAUAUGAUGGGAAUGAAGCCAGUCAAAAAGUGUUGGCGAAGGCGGGGUAUCAGCUUGAGGGGAGAAGAAGGAAAGUCGUGGAGAAAAAGGGCAUUGUUAUGGAUACACUGAACUUCUGCACAUUUAGAGCCGAGGAAUACCACUCUGACUCGGUAGAUGUAACCCCGCUGGGGGAGCCGCUCCACUUCGCCUUCAGCCAGCGAACCGCGCCCAAUCGUUUCUACAAGGGUGCCAUGACGGAGCGGUUAUCGUCUUGGUCCCCGACAGAUCUGAAAGCGCGUGGAAUUCCCAGCAAUGAGUUGAUCAACCUGUACAAGCGCUGGGGUGAGAGUGGCUAUGGCAUGCUCUCCACCGGAAAUAUCAUGAUCGCAUACGAUCACCUAGAAGCCCCGGGAAACCCCAUUAUUGAUCUGGAGAACCCCUUCCAUGGAGAACGUUUUGAGGCGUUCUCUCGCAUGGCGUCGGAGUCGAAGAAACAUGGCAGCUUGAUCGUCGCACAGGUCAGUCAUCCCGGUCGCCAGGUGGAAGAGCGGGUACAGGCCGAUCCCGUCUCGGCGAGUGAUGUGCAGCUGCAGACGGAGGCGCUCAAGAUGAAGUUUGCGAAGCCACAUGCGGCCUCGCAGGACGAGAUCCAGGAUAUCAUUAAAAGAUGGACUCAUGCCGCAGUCUAUCUCCACAAGGCGGGAUUUGAUGGUAUCCAGCUGCAUGGCGCGCACGGGUAUCUGCUGGCCCAGUUCCUGUCGCAGACCACGAACAAGAGGACCGAUGAGUAUGGUGGAAGUUUGGAGAACCGGGCACGUCUGAUUGUGGAGGUUGCCCGGUCUAUUCGACAGGAGCUGCCGUCAUCGUCAGGGUUUAUUCUGGGUAUUAAGAUCAACUCGGUCGAGUUCCAGGCCGACGGAUUCACCCCGGCCGAAGCCCAGCAACUGUGUCAGAUUCUGGAACAAAAUGAGUUCGAUUUUGUAGAACUCUCUGGUGGAACGUAUGAGGCACCUGCGUUCUCGCGCAGCCGGGAUUCCACCAAGAACCGGGAGGCGUUCUUUCUGGAGUUUGCAUCCAUGAUUACCCCUGUGCUGAGCAAAACCAAGAGCUACGUUACCGGCGGUCUCCGGACGGCUUCGGGAAUGGUGACUGCACUGGAGACGGUGGAUGGUGUCGGUUUGGCUCGACCUGCUUGUCAAGAAUUUAGCCUUCCCCGCGAUAUCCUUGAAGGCCGAGUGGCCGGUGUGAUUGAGCAGAAGGUCGAUCAACAGAACUUUGGCCUGACGAGCGCCGCCGCGGGUACACAAAUGAAGCAAGUGGGCAAGGACGAGCAGCCAAUUGAUCUAAGUGACGAAAGCAACCUGGCGCUCUUCAUGAAGCAUCUGGGGGAAUGGGCUCAGCAGGUUCAGGAAGACGCACCCAAGAUGAAUAUGUAUGGGUUCAUGGAUCUCCCCACGGGAGAGGCUUUCCGGGGAUAA